CGCCGGCCGGACUUCCCGUCGGGGAGAGAGUGUAAUAUGGCGAAGACCUACGAUUACCUGUUCAAGCUGCUGCUGAUCGGGGACUCGGGGGUGGGGAAGACCUGUGUCCUGUUCCGCUUCUCCGAGGACGCCUUCAACUCCACGUUCAUCUCCACCAUAGGAAUUGACUUUAAAAUUAGGACCAUAGAGCUUGAUGGCAAGAGGAUUAAACUGCAGAUAUGGGACACAGCAGGCCAGGAGCGGUUUCGGACGAUCACGACAGCCUACUACAGGGGUGCCAUGGGUAUCAUGCUGGUCUACGACAUCACCAAUGAGAAAUCCUUCGACAACAUCCGGAAUUGGAUUCGGAACAUUGAAGAGCAUGCCUCUGCAGAUGUGGAGAAGAUGAUACUGGGGAAUAAGUGUGAUGUGAAUGACAAGAGACAAGUAUCCAAGGAGCGGGGAGAAAAGCUGGCACUUGACUAUGGGAUCAAGUUCAUGGAGACCAGUGCGAAGGCCAACAUCAAUGUGGAGAAUGCGUUUUUCACUCUCGCCAGGGAUAUCAAAGCAAAAAUGGACAAAAAAUUGGAAGGGAACAGCCCACAGGGAAGCAGCCACGGGGUCAAGAUCACAGUGGAGCAGCAGAAGAGGACCAGCUUCUUCCGGUGCAGCCUCCUGUGAGGACAAGGUCACCGCCAUCCUGAGCCUGGCUCAGCCCAGCUGACUGUGCCUGCCCCGGGCGAGCCUCCACCUCCACUGCUCGGAUACAGCCGCCCGGACACAAUUGAGAAAUUGAUUAUUUUAGUAACCUUCUGAUCUUUUCCACCUUCAGAGAUGGAACGAGUUAGAAUUUUGCUGUUUUUCCUGUGUCAUCUGCCAGUCAGGCCUGUCCAUCCCUUGUCAUAUUGCCAUCGAUGGAGAGAGGUGGGGUGGGAGCAUUGUAGCCACCAUUCCCAGCCUUCUGUCCCUGCCCCUCUACCAUAGAAGUGAGGCCAGCAGCGGUGCCCAACCUGCCUGGCCCCAUACCCCGAGCACCGCCACAAGAGCCACUGCAGGCCAAGCCUGACACCUGCCUUCAUCUGUUCUCAGUUUUGGACAAGUGGCAAAGAACCAUGUCCCCUGUCUCCUUACAUGUCAAACCAAAGGGAAGCACAAACUAAGGAAAAUCCAUGUAGAGGAUUUUGGAAGAAGUGGACGGCUCUCAUGGCCACUGCAGGAUGGGAGUCUGUGGUCCAGCACUGAGGGGACACUACCCACAGCAGGUGACUCCGCCAUCACCACCACUCACCCACAACCACUGUCACUGGGCCACCUGCCUCAAUGGCACCAAAACCGCCUCCCCGCUCUUCUCAUCCUCUGGCUGGCUCCAAUCGGACGUUCCUUUUCUAGCUGAGAUGAUUUUUUAUUUUUCCAGAUUCCUAACACCAUGAAAUGAUUCCGUCUUUGAUUUUCUAGCAGCAUACCCAGGUGAUCAGGAACCAGCGUGACUGCCCUGGCCACACAGGGGCACCUGGUCCCUGAGACCCAGACAGGCAUUCCACGGCACAGUGCUGCCCUACAGUCUGGUGGGUUGUCUCUGUCUUUACCCAAUUGUGUUUUGACAGCUCUGUCCUCCCGGAGAGACUGAUUGGGACCAGACGUCCUGGCGGGAGGGGUGUUGCCUGGGAGCCCCUUCCUUUUCACUCUAACCCUUCCCCAUGCUGCUGUCAGUCCAAGCUGUCAGCAUCAAAAUCUCCCUUUUUUUGAAAUUAAAACCAACGUACCAGCAAUA